AUGGCCGCUCCUCCCUCCAAACAAUGGGGCAUGACUCCCCCCAUGUCGACUGCGCUCCCCGAACCCAUCGACACUGAAAAGACGGCGGAUUUGAUUGAAGAAUUGAAGAAAGAGAACAACUAUGAACCUCUCGAAGCAACCCAGAAAAGAAUGGCUACGCUCGGCUUGCUCAAUCGAGUUACUCAAGAAUUCGUGCGUGAAGUGAGUCGCCGGCGCAGGAUGCCCCCGUCUCAGAUCGAGCAGUUUGGUGGCAAGAUUUUCCCUUAUGGAAGUUAUCGUCUAGGAGUAUUCGGACCUGGAUCUGAUAUUGAUACUCUGGCCGUGGCUCCAAGGCAUGUCACGCGCGAAGACUUCUUCGAAUACUUUCCAACCGUGCUCAAACGAAUGACAGCCGAGGGUGACAUUUCAUCGCUCACACCUGUGCCAGACUCUUAUGUCCCCAUCAUCAAGCUGGUCUUGAACGAUAUUGAAAUUGACCUGAUCUUUGCCUCGAUUGCGAGUCUCCAAACCAUCCCCAAGAACCUGACCUUGAACGACAACAACCUGCUCACUGGACUUGAUCAAGCAACGAUCCGAGCAGUCACCGGGCCACGUGUGACCGAUGAGAUCUUGAGCUUGGUGCCUGAACAGAAGACCUUCCGAACCGCUUUGAGAGCCAUCAAACUUUGGGCCCAACGAAGAGCUGUGUACGCCAAUAUUGUUGGUUAUCCUGGUGGUGUGGCGUGGGCGAUGUUGGUUGCAAGAGUAUGCCAAUUGUACCCACACGCAGUUGGUGCCACGCUCGUGGACAAAUUCUUCUUCGUCAUGAAGAACUGGGAUUGGCCGACGCCAGUCAUGUUGAAGGACAUUGAACAGCCGAAGCCCUCACAAGCAAAUGAAUUCAAGGUGUGGAAUCCGGCCCUCUACAAGGGUGACAAGAAGAUGUUGAUGCCUAUCAUCACCCCUGCCUUCCCCAGUAUGUCGGCCACAUACAACAUUUCCAAGUCUGGCAAGACCGUCAUCCUACGCGAACUGGAAAGAGCGAGCCAGAUCACAAACAACAUCUUUGCUGGCAAAGCACGUUGGAGUGAUCUAUUCAAAAAGCAUUCUUUCUUCACCGCCGAUCACAAGUACUACUUGGGAGUCACUGCGAGUACGCUCAACGCUGACUCAGCUAAACAAUGGGCAGGCCUUGUUGAGUCCAAGGUCCGCAUUUUUGUAAUGCUGUUGGAGGGCAUUCCAGAUAUCACAUUGGCCCGUCCGUUCACCAAGGGCUUCAAGAGGGUCCACAAGUGUGCAGACGAGACUCAAAUUCGAGAAGUUCAGAAGGGCAGCAUGAAAUACAAGUUUGAAGAGACGAAAACCGUCGAAACCACCGAUCCGGAACUGGUCACCAGUAAUGGUGAUGGGGCGGCUGUCCCUGCAGCCAACGGUGCGAAGCCAGAAACAGAUCAAGGCGCUCAUACCGUAUAUACAUACACCUUCUACAUCGGUAUCGACACGACUGCCAAAGGAAGCCUCAAUAUCGCGCCCUCUUUUCAGAACUUCAAAGACAUUUGCGAAGGCUGGGCAAGCUUCAACCGAGACUCCCACUUCCUCACCCUCGCAUCCGUCAAGUGUUGGGACCUACCCGAUGAUGUUUUCGAUGCCAAGGCUGGUGAAGUCAAACCCAGCAGACCUGUGAAGAAGGUGGCUAAGCAGGUCAAGGCGGAGGCUAAGUCGGGGGUGAGAAGAAGCAUCAACGAAGUUGAGGCUACUGAGACCAACGGUGAUGCCGCAAAGCGGCAGAAAUUGAUGACACCCACACCUACACCUACACCUACUCCUGCUCCAAAACCUACUGCAGCCCCGGCUUGA